CCAUCCUCUAUUUCUUCUCCAAACGAAAUCGUUUUAUUUUCAAAAGAUGUCUGGACGCGGCAAGGGAGGAAAGGGUCUUGGAAAGGGAGGAGCAAAACGUCAUCGGAAAGUUCUCCGCGAUAACAUUCAGGGAAUCACCAAGCCGGCUAUCAGGCGACUUGCUCGCAGGGGAGGUGUGAAGAGAAUUAGCGGUCUCAUUUAUGAGGAAACUCGCGGUGUUCUUAAAAUCUUCCUUGAAAACGUCAUCCGUGAUGCUGUCACCUACACCGAGCAUGCUCGCCGCAAAACCGUGACUGCUAUGGAUGUUGUCUAUGCUCUCAAGAGGCAAGGAAGAACACUUUAUGGGUUCGGCGGUUAAUCUUGCUUACUUCAUUCUCUUGUUUUCUAGGGUUUCCUUUUUCUCAUGUAGAUGUUAUCAAGUUUGAUUCAGUGGAAAGCGAUUUAUAUUUACAUUAUUUAUAUAAAGUUUCUACUUAUUCCUAAUCUUAUGACCUUUCUUUUGUG